AUGGCCAGCAACGCUCAUUUUCUACUUAAUCCCAAGCAGGCACUCAAGUCUAAGAAGCAACCUGACCGAGGUCUACUACAUGGCGAGUCUGAACCAGCCAUUGAAUCGAGGUCACAUCAUCACGGGCUCACAGUCCAACAGAACAAGAUCGAUGACCAAUCCUCUACCUCAACUGAGUCUGGCAUGAGUCGAAAGUCAGCUGGUCCUGGAGUUUACGACCACAGAGCGCUUCUCAACCCUCGUGGAUUGAAGAAAGGUGCCGUCAGAAGGAAAUCUCCGAUUAUGAAGUCUAAUCCACUCCCUGAUUCGCCUCUCAGUGUGCCGGAUGGCAUUACUCCGACACUCAAUAGAGAGGUAAGUGGUCCGACGAGAUCGAUGCUUGAAGGUGUCUAUGGAGUUGAACGUCGUACCGACUAUCCACAAAAGAAAGUCAAGUUGACAAAAGGCACCGAACCCGACCCUACUAAACCGCAUACCAGUCAUACUCGCCAUAAAGGUAGCGGGAUCGUUGGAAAUUACAUGCGACCUGAUCCGGAUACACCAAUCGAUGCUACCAAGCUGCUAUCACUUGUGGACCUCACCAACACUGACGACGAGCAAGAUGAUGAUCUUCAAAUUAUCGCCUCUAACGCCGACCAAGAAGUCUGUUACGGGCAUUUCAACGCUGAGGUGUAUGCGUACUGCUUUCCGAAACCCAGAGACAGAGAGACAGGUUUUGAGAGAAGCAAUGAAUGGCCAGUGAUGAGAUGCACACUUGCCCGAGAACCAAGGCCAGAUACUGUGAUUGAUGUUAUCGAUACUCAUGGGAAGAGUUUUGCCAAAGUCAAUUCAGUCUUGGCUGCGGCUUUGGCGCCCAUCAUGGAUGGCUUGCGAGGAUUUCGAACUCAAGCGCGACUUACUAAUCGAGCUAGAAAGCCUGAUGAAUGGCCACAUCAGCCGUGCUCGAUCCCUAUGCGCAUGGUCGUGAACCUAUAUGGCAGACGCGGGGACGUCGAAAAGGUAGGCAGACACUUUGGUCAAUACAAUCUCUGGCUGCGACCGCCUAUGGCUUCCGAGGCUGGAAUUCCAAUUGUCAAUCCUCAUGCGCAAAAGAAUCUCCCUCCUCCAAAGGUUCGAAGUGAGAACCCAAGCCGAGUUCUUGCCGAUGCUAGGACUCUCGAGGAAGCAACGGAUGCAGUAUCUAGGCUUUUUGAUUCAUUCGCCAACGAAGCAACAAGCCUGGCCGAAACCGAGCCCCCAUCGACGGUAAUCACGACUCCUCUUCUUCCUCACCAAAAGCAAGCUCUCACGUUUAUGCUGCAACAUGAGCAGCCAAGAACAUACGGAAAGGAGGAGUCUGAGAAUUCGUCAUUAUGGCGUCAGGCGAAGCGCCGUAACGGGGACACAAUUUAUCGUGAGGUGGUGGCUGGGAUAUCAGUCCCUGACGAGCCGGCUCAGGUUUUGGGUGGACUCCUGGCAGAUGUUAUGGGCUUGGGCAAGACACUCGAAGCAUUAAGCCUGGUUGGAAGUACUCUUCAAGAAGCAGCAGAAUUCGGCACAGAGAAAGUAAUUCGAAGCGAUGAUGCUUCCAAAGACGUGCUUAUCAAUAGCAAAGCUACACUGAUCGUUUGCCCGACCAGCACAGUCAAGAAUUGGGAGGAUCAGAUUGCACAGCAUGUCGCAUCAGGAAGCAUGAACAUCUACGUUCACCAUGGAGCGACCCGUGACAAGAAUCCAUACAACUUGGCAAACUACGAAGUGGUUAUCACAACAUAUGGUGUUAUCAGCUCAGAAUUCAGCGGCAGGGCAGCAGCGACUGGGAGCCCUGUGCUCAAGGUGAAUUGGUUUCGAAUCAUCCUGGAUGAAGCUCACACUAUUCGAGAGCAGAGAGCGCUCCAAUCACAGGCUAUAUACAGUAUCCAUUCACAACGACGUUGGUGCUUGACAGGAACGCCAAUCCAAAAUCGGUUGGAUGAUCUAGGAUCCCUAACGAGAUUUCUUCGUUUAUCUCCGUACGACAAGGCUCAAGGGUUUAAUCAGCAUAUUCGCGGCCCCGCGCAAGCUGGAGAUCCAUCAUUUCUAAAAGCUCUCCGAGUGUUUGUCGACUCUUUCACCCUCCGGCGUUUGAGAGAUCGUAUUGAUCUACCGGAAAGAAGCGAUAUGGUCGACAAAUUAGAGUUUUCUGCGGAAGAGAGACAACUCCACGAUUUUUUCAAGGGCAUCUCACGUAGCGAAAUCAAGGAGCUGGCACGUACGAAAGAGAAGAACAGCGGAGUUCAACAUCACGUGCUCCGUGGUAUCAUGACGUUGAGAUUGAUUUGCGCACAUGGCAAAGAGCUCCUCAAAGAAAAGGAUCUGGAGAGAAUGAAGGGAAUGACUGUUACGAACGCAAUCGAUCUUGACGAGGAUGAAAAGGUGCGCACCAUAACUGGGCAAAUAGCUCACGAAAAUUUGAGUAUGAUGGCCGAUGCCGGUUUGGAUUUCUGCCGCAAUUGUGCAAAGAAGAUUUGCAAUGAAAAUCCUCAAGGAACCAUGGAAGAUGACGACGUAGUUCGAUGCUACGUCUUGCCUUGUUAUGACUUGAUCUGCGCCGAUUGUUUUACGCCGGAAAAGCCCUCUUUCGAUGAGAAUUCAGGCGAUCAGGAAGUGUCAUGUCCUUUCUGUUCAGCAGCGAUUGCUGCGCAAUACGUUGGAUUUAGUGGAGCCACGGCGCAAGAAAUCAAAGUCGCACCUGACGAGACCAUGGCAGAAACUGACAGUGAGGAAGAUGCGAACCUAGCUCGAGCUGCAUACGGAGGGCCACACACAAAGACUCUAGCUCUCCUUGAGGACAUUGCAGUCAUGACCAAGGACAGUGCACCACUUGAGGCGGCAGGAGAACCUCCGCUAAAGUGUGUGGUCUUUUCCGAGUUUACCUCUCAUCUCGAUCUGAUUGAGAGGGCUCUGGGAGACAAAGGUUACAAGUUUGUCCGGAUCGAUGGCAAAAUGUCACUCAACAAUCGCAAGAAAUCUAUGGACGCACUUGCAUCCGACGACAGCAUUACAAUCUUGUUGGCUUCGAUCAAGGCUGCAGGACAAGGUCUCAAUCUCACAGCGGCUUCGAGGGCCUUCAUCAUGGAGCCAAUGUGGAAUCCAGCGGCGGAGGCCCAAGCGGUAGACCGCAUUUACCGUAUUGGACAGAAGCGACCUGUGUUUGUCAAGAGAUACUUGAUCAACAACAGCAUUGAAGAGAAGAUCGUGGAGCUGCAGAAGCGGAAACAACAGCUUGCAGAUGUUUCAAUGGAUCGCAACCACAAGCAAUUGAGCAAACAAGACGUCAGGGAACAGCACAUGAAGGACAUUUUGGCGUUAUUCAAAUGA